AUGACGUCUGCCAACGCCAAGUUUGACGACCUGGCGAGAAACACGCAUGAGAUCAGCGAGUCGGCCACGCUGACCUCGGACUACGGCGUACACCAGGCCAACAACGAUAGCUGGCUGCGCAUUGUUGACAACGAGAACGGCCGCAGCGGGCCGAGCCUGCUCGAGGACCCGUUUGCGCGCGAGAAGAUCCACCGCUUCGACCACGAGCGCAUCCCCGAGCGCGUCGUGCAUGCGCGCGGCACGGGCGCGUUUGGCACGUUCCGCGUGCUGGACAAUGCCGGCAUCAAGGACCUGACCACGGCGCCCGUGCUCACCGACACCACGCGCGAGACGCCGAUUUUUGUGCGCUUCUCGACGGUGCUGGGCAGCCGCGGCAGCGCCGACACGGUGCGCGACGUGCGCGGCUUUGCCAUCAAGUUCUACACGCCCGAGGGCAUCUGGGACCUCGUGGGCAACAACAUCCCCGUCUUCUUCAUCCAGGACGCCAUCAAGUUUCCGGACGUGAUCCACGCCGGCAAGCCGGAGCCGCACAACGAGGUGCCGCAGGCCCAGACGGCGCACAACAACUUCUGGGACUUUAUGUUUAUGCACCCGGAGGCGACGCACAUGUUCAUGUGGGCCAUGUCGGACCGGGCGAUCCCGCGCUCCUAUCGCAUGAUGCAAGGCUUCGGCGUCAACACGUUUACGCUGGUCAACGCCGCCGGCGAGCGCUGCUUUGUCAAGUUCCACUCGACGCCCGUGCUGGGCGUGCACUCGCUCGUGUGGGACGAGGCCCUCAAGCUGGCGGGCCAGGACCCGGACUUCCACCGCAAGGACCUCAUGGAGGCCAUUGCCAACGGCGUGUUCCCCAAGUGGCGGUUUGGCGUCCAGGUGGUCGCGGAGGCCGACGAGCACACAUUUGACUUUGACAUUCUGGACGCCACCAAGGUCUGGCCCGAGGACCGGGUGCCGGUGCGCUACUUUGCCGAGUUUGAGCUGAACCGCAACGUCGACGAGUUCUUCACGCAGACGGAGCAGGCGGCCUUUUGCACGAGCCACGUGGUGCCGGGCAUCGGCUUCUCGGACGACCCGCUGCUGCAGGGCCGCAACUUCUCCUACUUUGACACCCAGAUCAGCCGCCUCGGCAUCAACUGGGAGGAGCUGCCCAUCAACCGGCCCGUGUGCCCGGUCAUGAACUUCAACCGCGACGGCGCGCUGCGCCACGCCAUCACCCAGGGCAACGUCAACUACUGGCCCAACCGCUACCAUGCGCACCCGCCGGCGUCCGUCGACGGCAAGGCCGCCGCCGCCAACGUCUACGCCGAGUACGCCGCCAAGGCCGCCGGCAUCAAGGCGCGCACGCUGACGCCCAAGUUCCGCGAGCACGUGCGCCAGGCGCAGCUCUUCUACAACAGCCUCUCGCGCGUCGAGAAGAGCCACCUGACCAGCGCCUUGGCGUUUGAGCUGGACCACUGCGACGACCCCAUCGUGUACACGCGCAUCGUGCAGCGGCUCGCCCAGAUCGACGCGCAGCUGGCCCAGGCCGUCGGCGACAUGGUCGGCGGCGAGGCCAAGGAGGCGGCAGACGAGGAGGGGCGCGCCAGCACCAACGACGGCACGAUCGCGCCGGGGCUCUCGCAGUUUGACUUUUUGCCGGAGCGGCCGACCGUGGCCGGCCGCCGCGUGGCGAUUCUGGUCGGCGACGGCUUCGACGCGGCCGCCGUCGACCUCGUCAAAAAGGGCCUGGCCGCCGAGCAGGGCGUGCCGCUGCUCAUUGGCACGAAGCGCAGCGUCAUCACCGGGGCCGGCGCCGGCAGUUCCCUGCGCAGCAGCCCCUCCGUCACGCCCGACCACCACGUCGAGGGCUUCCGCUCGACCAUGGUCGACGCCGUGUUCGUGCCCGGCGGCAAGGCCUCCAUCGAGGCGCUGGUCCAGCCCAAGGUCAAGGGCCGCGUGCUGCACUGGCUGCGCGAGGCGUUUGGGCACCUCAAGACCGUUGGCGCCACGGGCGAGGGCAUCGCCCUCUUGCAGGAGGCGCUGCACGGCGUGCCCAGCAUCCAGUUUUCCACGGCGGAUGCCGAGGCGGGCGGCCAGCUGGCCCAGAGCUACGGCGUCGUGACCGCGCCGGCGCCCUCCAAGGACUUUGCCAAGGCCUUUUUCGUGAGCAUUGCCCAGCACAGAAGCUUUGACCGCGAGAUGGAUGGCCUCAGUACUUUGGUGGCCUAUUAG